AUGGUGCUGCAUCUGCUGGGCAAGAAGAGCUGGAACGUCUACAAUUCCGCCAAUGUCGAGCGCGUGCGUAAGGAUGAAGCGGAUGCGAAGGCGCGGGAAGAGGCAGAGGAGCAGCGACAGCAGGAAGAGGACGCUAGUCGUCGGAUUGCGCUGUUGCGAGGAGAGCAUGUGGCGCCUCUGACUGUUGAGACUGCUGAGCCUGAGGAUGGUUCGGAGCAGAAACGGCGGAGUAGACAUGAUGACCCUCAACGAGACCGCAAACGCAGACGAUUACGAGGCGAAGAUGAUACGGACGCGGAGAUUCGGCAUGCGAGGACGGAUGUGGACGCAGAGAGGCGAGUUCCACAAUUGCAGAUGAAAGAGCGUGAGAAAGCCGCGCCGUUGCAGGAUCAUGCUGGACAUAUACAACUCAUUCCAGCGCCGGACGAAGUCGCUAUUCGCAAAGCAGAGAAGAAUGCCGAAGCUGAAGCCGAAAAGGCGAAGAAGCGGAAGAGAGAGGACGAUCAGGUCACAAUGCGGUUCAGUAAUGCAGCAGGAUAUCAGAACGGCAUGCAGAAACCUUGGUAUGCUGCUACGAAAGAGGCUGCUGCGCCUGUGAGUGCUUCGAUGGACCUUGUCCUCGCUGAUGUGCAAGGUAAGGAUGUCUGGGGUAAUGAUGAUCCUCGACGAAAAGAACGGGAGAGCAAACGCAUGUCGUCCAAUGAUCCGUUCGCGGCUAUGCAGCAUGCUCAGCGACAGCUGAAGCAGAGUUCGCAGGACAAGGAGGUGUGGCAGAAGCAGCAGGCAAAGGAGAUUGAGGAGUUGAAACGAUCGCAGAGACGUGAUGAGGAACGACGGCGGAGAGAGGAUAGUCUUGAUGGCUUUAGUCUGGAUGCUCCAGCGGAGAAGAGGCGUGAGCAUCGUGGUGAUGAUAGAGAUCGGAGGCAUAGCCAUCAUCGGAAACACCACCACCAUCGCAGUCGAAGCCGAGAGAGCGAUCGGGACCGGCAUCAUCGGAGGAAUCGAUCAGAGCGACACGAACAUAGCAAUGUUAAGCUGCGGUAA